UACAGGGUCAUCUCGUACCUACAUGAUGAGCUGCAGCAGUGUUACAGGAUCGGAGUUCUCUGAAGAAGAGCUGGAUCUUAACACGCUGGGCCGAGGUGAAGAUGGGAGAAGUCCCAAGGUGUGUUUCCGCCACAGUGAGAGCUCAACAAGCAUCACGAGUGAACCAGAGGAAGGCCAGAACAAGAAGCGCAACCAACCUGUGCGCUCAAAGGCUCGGCGGAUGGCUGCCAAUGUCCGCGAGCGAAAGCGCAUCAUGGACUACAACCAGGCUUUCAACACCCUGCGUGUUGCUCUCAACCAUGACCUCAGUGGCAAACGGCUGUCAAAGAUCGCCACGCUGCAGAGGGCCAUCAACCACAUCUCUGCUCUGUCUGUAUUCUUAAACUCAAACCUGCCGGACAAGUCCUGCACCCACCGAGAGUGCAACAAGUCUUCUGUGGGACAAGAAGCAGCUCGACUCGACCAGAACUGGGGGAUGACUCCUCGUCUUGACCAUCCGAGCUACGCCUCCUGGCAUUCAUCCAUGACUCACCAGACGCAGCCACAGCAAGGGCCUCGGGUGCCCAGACUGCCCGCUGAGCCAAGAGUCUCAUCAUUGUGCCCGCUGUCGUCACACUACCCCUGUCAUCCCACUGAGGCUCAGGUUUACUCCUCACACGGACACAACAGCAGCCCCCAUGAGCCUCCAUUAAGCCCUCUGAGAUACCAUCAGACGGUGGAGGCGUUUGGCUUCCAGCCAACAGCGUGGGGGUCAUGUGCUCAGGGAUUCAUGGACACUUUCUUGGAGCCGUCUCCAGCUCUGGGAUUUCCUUGGCAGGUGAGCUACCUGCAGGAGCCGGAGCUCAGCCUCUGUUCAUCUCCAGACUUCCUAUAACAUCCAUGCUGAUGAGA